UCUUAACUCGGGCCUCUUUGUUUUUAUUUAACCGAGUCCGGCCCAUGUUAAUAUAUACUUCUGCAAUCCAAUCAUCAAAUAGAAACCCUAGUUCCCCCAUUUCAAUCUUCUACUCCGAAAAAACCCUACUUUCCUUCAGUUCUUCAACUCUGAAAUCAUGGGGGCAUAUGCUUAUAUGCAAGAGUUAUGGAGGAGGAAACAAUCAGAUGUGCUAAGGUUCACCCAAAGAGUUAGGUGCUGGGAAUAUCGUCAACUUCCUUCCAUUGUUCGUGUUACUCAUCCUACUCGCCCCGAUAAAGCUCGCCGCCUUGGUUACAAGGCCAAACAGGGCUUUGUCAUUUACCGUGUCCGUGUCAGGAGAGGUGGACGUAAAAGGCCAGUUCCAAAGGGUAUUGUCUAUGGUAAGCCUACAAACCAGGGUGUUACUCAGCUGAAAUUCCAGCGUAGCAAGAGGUCAGUUGCUGAAGAGCGUGCUGGGCGCAAGUUGGGUGGCCUCAGAGUUUUAAAUUCAUACUGGAUCAAUGAGGAUUCUACAUACAAAUAUUUUGAGGUAAUCCUUGUCGACGCAGCUCACAAUGCCAUCCGUAAUGACCCAAGGGUCAACUGGAUCUGCAAUCCAGUACAUAAACACAGAGAGCUUCGUGGUCUCACAUCUGCUGGAAAGAAGUUCAGAGGUCUUCGUGGAAAGGGUCACCGCAACCACAAAGCAAGGCCCUCUCGCCGUGCAACCUGGAAGAGGAACCAGACUGUCUCCUUGCGCCGUUACCGAUGAUUUUGAUCAUCCUCAUAAGCCAUUUCUUACCAUAUGUCAGAUUUUAUUUGAACGGUUAUUACUGGCUAGCGACUUUAAAUUUACGUAUUUCUAAGGUUGAGACUUUGUAUCGAAAUUUGAAUUUUUUAGUGAAUCGUACUUUUGCAGUUUUGCUCA